AUGGUAGAGAAUAUUAAUACAUCACGUGGCGGAGUAGACAACGUAACCAUAGACGUUGGCAAGAGUCCAAAGGAUCCAGAUGUUACAACAACAAGGGACGGAUAUACAUAUUAUCUAAAUGGACAUCAUAUAGCUGUCAAAGUGAACUACAAUGAUCCAAGUGAAGGAUACAAGAAGUGCACUCAUAGAUUUUUAAAUGAAAAACAUGUGUCAAGUAUAAAAUGCCGUGGAGAAAAGCAAGAUGGGUUCAAUAAGGCAGUAAAGCACGUUUGUCAAGACGUUGUGGUUUAUUUAUGGGAACAUGAUGAACAUCAUCUUGUUCCGCUGUUGAUUGCAUUUUGUUCCAAAAGCGGGGUUGCAUGUUAUAAAAGGGAUAGCCCAGACACAAAUAGUUGGAAGAAAACGGAAGUAAAAAUUUCUACUACACUUUCUCCUACGACAGUUACUACUGCUACAGCAUCUACCACCAGUUCAGCUACAACUUCUGGAGGAACUACUGCCGCAACUAAUGAUACUGUUUCUACACCAUCUAUUGUAGAUGUUACAACAACUGGUCAAGAUUCUGAUAACGAUACUACUACUCUUACUUCUGGUCCUCUUACUACUCCCCCUAUUGUUACUACUCCUAAAGUUGUCUCUACUGCCACUACUCCCUCUGUUGCCCAUACUCCAUCUCCUCCUUCGCCUCUUGUAGAGCCUUCGACAGUUCCCAAUUCAACCCCAACUCAAGCUCCUAAACUUACGAUAAAAGAGCUAUUGGAUAAAAUGAGUGCUGAUUUUAAAACUUUUAUUUUGAAGGUGGAUGCUGAUGCACACGGAUGGAAGUAUCGUAUUAAUGGGCAGAAUGAUUCACCAUUUGAUAUUAAUGUAAUGAUGACAGUCCAUGAAAACGAUGUUUUCGAAUACAAAAAGUUUGUUCACACUUAUGUAGAGUUGCAAAAGCCUGUUAGAUUUCUAUCUACACGUCGCAAAGAUAAACAUAUACCAUUUGAAGAUUCUUCUCUAUACAAGGGGGAGUACUUGAUGGCCUCAAUUUACUACUGGACGGCAGAUAAGACUCAUAAAAGGCCCCUCCUUCUGGAACUUUAUUCAAAAGACAAAAAUCUCACUUACUACGUGCUUAAUUAUGAUUCUAGUGAAUGGGAAAAAAUGCAUGCACCAAAAUUAAAAAUUGGGGAGAGGCUGGACCUUCAGAACUGUGGUUGCAAUAACGUUCAUGUCGUUGACCUUUCUAAAACUCCUGAAAGUACAACAAACUAUUUUUGCUCCAGUUGUCGAAAUAAUAACAUUGUUGUCAUGUGUUAUACGUCUACAUCCUGUAAAUAUUAUAGACAUCGCAUUGGUGGUCAUGGAAAAAUAUCUAAAUUUACUGACGGAACAAAUGAACAAGGCGGAUUUGAACCUAUGCCGAACAUAAAUGAGGUAUUUGUCCACUGCUAUCCCUCAUCUAACGGAAGACCACUUCUUGUUCAUAUUCCAACCGCUGAUGAAGAAAACCAGUGGUACAAGAGAGAUAACAUAAAUAACAACAUAUGGAAAAAAGUAGAAAAAUCAAAGUUGCCAAAAGGUGAAGAUGAUGUUUCAAAAAUAAUCGCUCUCAUGUUGGAUUCAUAUUCUUUAGGGAUGACCCUCAACCUUACAUAUACUCCAGAUAUGACCAGUGGACAUUCCUUGGAUUAUUCUAUAGGCUCAGAGAAGUUUACAUUGACAAAAGAGAUAGGAAAAGACAGCACAAAGUUUACUCAUCGUAGAGUAAACGGUCCAUUUAGAUUGUAUAGAGUUGUAUGCAGAGACCACGAAGUAUAUGGAUUUCCAAGCACCGAUGUACUUGAUGCAGUUUGCGUGUAUUUUUGGCCAGAAGAUACGAAUUGCCUUAGAGCUCUUGUAGUUGAAACAUUAUCACAUUCUGGCGCACGCACAUAUUACAGGGAAACAAAGGACCAUCAAACAUGGGAAGUUGUGCCAAGAUCAGGAGAUAAAUCUACAGAAAUUAACAAACCCUUGCUCAAGGCGAUAAUGUUCCAGAUAUGGAAUAAGGACGUUUCAUCUUCUGCCGCAAUAAUUACGGCGGGAGUAUUCUUUGGAAUAUUGCUCUUUGGAGUCAUGAUUCAUGAGGGUAUUAGCCUAGUUAGUCGACCCGGUAGGAGUUUGAUUCUCAGAUUGACUGGUGGAUGGAAAAGAUUUGACUAG